AUGAAAGCCACAUUAACUCCAUCCUCACUAAUCUCCAAGCUUUUGGGGAAGUGCUGGGGAGAAGGGAAACCUGUCAGCCUAAGUUACAGAUGUCCAUGCCGAUUCUUCGAGAGCCAUGUUGCCAGAGCCAACGUCAAGCAUCUCAAAAUCCUCAACACUCCGAACUGCGCCCUUCAGAUCGUGGCAAGGCUGAAGAACAACAACAGACAAGUGUGCAUUGACACGAAGUUGAAGUGGGUUCAGGAACACCUGGAGAAAUUUUUAAACAACCUGAUCAAUGCCACACCAGCAGGGAGGAGGGUGCUCACCAGGGCUCCCGCCCUGCACCCCUCUCCUCCCUUUGCCGUCCCCUCAGCUGGGGCCCUCUGUGAGAUCCGUCUUUGGCCUCCUCCAGAAUGGAGCCGGCUCUCUCCUGGGGAAUGUGAGAUCAGCUCCCACUUCCCACAAAAGACAAGAGUUUGCAGAAUCAGAUGUAAUUUUAAAUCUGAGAGCUUGCUUUGAAGAAUUUGGUUUCCGUGAUUGCCUCUGAAGCUUAUGAAAGCUCUACAUGGCCAUGGAAGCUCUACAAACUCUGAGGUUUCUGAAACCAGAAGUGAAAAAAUAAAUGAAUAAACCAUCAUCUUGCCACUAACUCCUCCUCCUGAAGCCACAACAGGGUUUCGGGUUCCAAUCAGAAAUUUUGGCAAGAUGAAGAUUUCCAUGCAUAAAUGUGAUCCACAGAUGGUCCUGGUGGUAUUUCUAACUUUGCAAGGCAUUUUUUUAUAUAUAUAUUUUCGUGCACAUUUUUUUUACGUUUCUUUAGAAAACAAAUGUAUUUCAGAAUAUAUUUAUAGUCGAGCAAUUCAUAUAUUUGAAGUGGAGCCAUAUGAAUGUCAGUAGGUUACAUUUCUCUAUUAUCUUAAACUACUGGCAAUUUGUAAAGAAAUAUAUAUGAUAUAUAAAUGUGAUUGCAGCUUUUCAAUGUUAGCCACAAUGUAUUUUUUCACUUGUACUAAGAUUGUAUCAAAUGUGACAUUAUAUGCACUAGCAAUAAAAUGCUAAUUGUUUCAUGGUAUAAACCUC